AUGUCUAGAUAUUUCGGAAAACUUAAAGAUUACCUAUAUGGCUACUCCAAUUGCAGCACCCCAGAACCAGAGCCCACUCCUUCCGAAAAUUCCAAAAAAGAAGAAGCCGAGCCUAUAAUUUUUGAUGAAAUGGAAAAUCCUGCUCUAAUUGAGCAAAUGCGUAAACAUCCCUUACGUCCUACAAGAAAUAAAAUGGUGACUUUGAACGAAAUGGCACUCCCUAUGGAGCAGAAGUUGAAAGCAGGGCCUCUGUCUCUUUUUGAAGUAGGUCUUUAGGUUAUGAGAUGCCUUGCCGAGCAGAUAAGUUGUGUUUCUCGAGGAUUUCCAGUCUCUGAGAGAUGGGCUAGACAGAUUUGCCUACCACAUUGUCUUUCCUCAUUGGGGAUUGAGGUACUCUCAUGUGGCUCUGCCCUAGGGAGCUGAUCCUUGGGUAUGUGGUUCAGAUCGGAAAUCCAAAAUAGCGAGAUUUUUUGAGCCAAGAUGGGCGAUGGCUAAUAGUUUUAUCCGCUUAUGGCCAGUAAAAUCAUUUAAAUUACGUCCUUCAAGCUUCGAAGCUCUUGUGCAGCCUCUUAAAAUGGCUACAAUGGUAGAGCCAUUAGAAGGUUUUAAAUGUGACUUUGGCAUUGGGCUUUCUCCUCAUUUAUCAAUACAAAACUCAAUCACUUUGAAUCAAGGCCCAGGAGGCAAUUAUGAGGCCAAUUUUAUGUAUGUAGGAGGCCAAAUGGCCAAUGCUUAUGACUAUAUAUCUCCAAGCCCUUUUCUAAUGGCCAGAGUUACACCUGGAAGCGGAAAACAAGAUAUUAAAGCAAUUUUUAAAGGAGAAAAUGAUAUGGAAUACAGACUUACAGCUAAUUAUAUGCCGGAAUACCAAAAAGAUGGCCAAGUUAUGUUAGAAGUCGACAAAUCUGGAGAAGAUUAUGUCGCAGGCUUCAAAUUUGGCAUCGCUGGUGAGCUUUUUUCAUAUCAUUACACACAAAGUUUGACGAAAAAUCUUGUAGCAGGCAUUGAUGUAAUGAGUAUGCUGAAACCUCGCUCAGUGGUCUUGUUCAGCUAUGGAGGAAAAUAUACCUUUGGAUCCACAUCUUAUUAUUUCCAACAUUUUGCGCCUGCCGGAAUCUACCAGUUUGGUGCCUUAAUAAAGUCUACCAAUAAUAUAACUUAUACUACAGAGCUGAAUUACAGCAAAAUGGGACAAGAAAACUUUGAAUUUGUAGGAGGGAUUAGUAUAAGGUUUAGCAGAGCCAAAAUGAAUGCUCAAUUUAAGAGCUCUGGAGUUGUCUCAGCCGUAUUAACCCAAGUGAUAAACCCAAUUAUCAGAAUUAGCUUACAUUCAGAAAUGGAUUUAGCAAAAGGAGGACAGAAGUUUGGGAUUGGGGUAGCUGUAGGGCAAUAA